AUGGAUUUCUCGGUAAUUUUAGUUCGAUUAACUUGUGAUCACUAAACAAUGAUAGUGCUAAUAUGUGAACUUACAAUUGGACUUUAAUUCUUUCUUUCUAAAUGUGAUACUAACAAGUUAAUGAUUAAUUAAUUUGAUAUUGGAUAUUGUACUCGGGGAUAUCGCUAGGAAAGAAGUGAAUGGGGGUGGAUUUUCUUGGCUUUCACUCCCUUCAGAAGAAGUCUGUAGCGAAGUCCCUGGUUGUACUAUAAUAUAACUUACCUAACAGCUCAUAUUAGCUAAUAAAGAAUACACUUUAAUCUUUACUUUAAUGCCAAUCGACCUUAUAUAAAGGUUGAUAUGGCAACUCUACAGCAUUGUACAUAAAGCUAUUACGGUCAUUUUUAACUUUACACUUGUGGCUUCUAACAACAAUAACUGAUUACGAAUCAAACACUUCAAAAGCUCAUUAUGACGAAUUUUUAGUUAGCCAUGGACCAUGAAAGCGAUCCAGGAUGGAAAUAUCUGCGAAGAACGCGCGAAGAGAUCAUGGAGGUAAUAACUACUUUAUAAUCAUUACCAUGAUUAUUAUUAUGACGGGGAGUAAAGAAUUUCAAUUUUUCUAAAACAAAUUUUUAUCAGGAAGGUACACCUAAAAUGGGGCUCGUUAGGCUCGGUCUUGUACGUUGUUGUGCUAGGCCGGAGCGAAAUCAGAAUUGGCGAGGCUAGCAAAUGUAUGCCCAAAACCGAGGCUUCAGGGGCAAUAACUUUAUAUAAGCGACCAGGCUGGACGAAAGUAACUUUAAAAGGGACCGGGCCGAUCACACGUGGACCUGAAAGCCGAGGCCUUAAACCAAGGAAAAAACUGGGCGUGGUUGGGUCUUUUACCGGUUUAGAGGAUGUGGAAUUUGUCAAAAAUAUGACAUUAGUAGACCUGUAAAAGGACCAGGCCCAAUUUUUUAGCUUUUGCUUUGGGCCCCGACUCUGAAACCCACAUUUUCAAACCCGGCACGGUCUCAUUGUUAAGUUUGAAAUCAAAUUUAUUUUACACUUUUUAAGUAAAAUCUUUCGUUGCGGGACCUAAACUAGGUUUGGGGCCUUAGUUUCGACUCAGCCCUGAAGCCCACAUGGCCCGACCAGGCCUUUUCACAUUUGUUUUGGGCUGGCUAGUAAGCCCUCUUUCAGAUCUAUGUAGGUGACCAAUAAAUACCUUUGAAAUAACAUGAGUAGGACCCUUUUUUUAGGACCAAUCCAAGCCCUACGACUCGAAGAAGGAUUGCUGGAUUCCGGACGCCGAAGAGGGUUAUAUCGCCGUUCAAAUCAAGUCGACCGCCGGCGACGACACGACCGUAACCAUACCGAAUGCUGGUGAAAAGACGGUCAAGACCGAGGUGAUUCAGGAGAUGAAUCCACCCAAGUUUGAGAAGUGCGAAGACAUGUCUAACUUGACCUUCUUGAAUGAUGCCUCCGUGUUGAACAAUCUUCGUACUCGUUAUCGUGCUAUGUUGAUCUACGUAGGUUUUUUGUAGUUGAUAGGGGGGGGGGGGUACUGGGUGCUUGGUGCUGUGACAGUACAGGAUCUUUUGUUACAGUACUAUAACUAGUAUUAGGAUGGUACUGUACUAGUAUAAAAUAUAUAGUACUCAAUUUUUAGUACUAUUUAGUACUUUUUUAAAAUUAUCAUCUUCAGUACUAGUACUAUUACAGUACUAUUCGUUUUAGUACUAUUUGGUUUAUAGUAAAUCAUUUACAAUACUAGUACUAAAUUUGUAUUACAUUUUUAGUAUUAGUACUAUGAUAGUACCAUUAUCAUUAGUACUGUCUAGUUUAUAGUACUGCCUUUACGUCACUAGUACUAAAAUAAUAUUAAAUUUUCAGUACUAGUACUAUGACUGUACUACUAUCUUUAGUACUAGUAAAAUUAAGUACAAAAUAUUCAGUACUAGUACUAUUUCAAUACCUAAAACUAAAAAAAAAUCUUUUAGACAUACUCCGGUCUGUUCUGUGUAGUAAUCAACCCGUACAAGCGUCUUCCCAUCUACACCGAUUCAGUGGCUCGCAUGUACAUGGGUAAGCGGCGUACCGAGAUGCCACCCCAUCUGUUCGCCGUCUCUGACGAAGCCUACCGUAACAUGUUACAGAACGGUGAGAACCAGUCCAUGUUGAUCACGGGCGAAUCCGGUGCUGGUAAAACUGAAAAUACGAAAAAAGUAAUUUCGUAUUUCGCGGCCGUCGGCGCCUCCCAAGCCGAACUCGAGUCCGGAGGCAAGAAGAAGGAGGAGGACCCAAGUGCCAAGAAGGUCACACUGGAAGAUCAGAUCGUCCAAACCAAUCCGGUAUUGGAGGCUUUCGGUAAUGCCAAGACGGUGAGAAACAACAACUCGUCUCGGUUCGGAAAGUUCAUCAGAAUUCACUUCAAUCGCAUCGGAAGGGUAGCGUCUUGUGACAUUGAACAUUGUAAGUAUACUGAAAGCUUCGAGUAAUGUCUUGGUGCUGAAAUAAGGUUUUUGGAUUGGCUAUGAUAAUAUAUUUGGUUUUAAGACUUAUAGAGGUAGCUGUGAUAAUAUAUUGGGUUUAUAAUGUUUAUGGGCUUGGCUAUGAUAAUAUGUUAGGCUUUUAAGAGCUUUACGCUUGCCUAUGAUAAUAUAUUCUGUUUUUGAUAGUUAUAGGUUUGGCUAUGAUAAUAUAUUAGGAAACGGCAAGAACUUUUUUUGCAGUGCAAGAAAUUGCAAAAACUUUGUUUACAAAACAAAAAAUGGCAAGAAUUUUCUUUACAAGUCACAAAAUGGCAAGAACUUUCUUUACAAAACAAAAAAUGGCAAGAACUUUCUUAACAAAACAAAAAAUGGCAAGAACUUUCUUUACAAAACAAAAAAAAAUGCACUUUUUUAUUUAAAAAAAAACUUAAAAUUCUAGAUCUGUUGGAAAAGUCUCGUGUCAUCCGACAAGCCCCAGGAGAACGUUGUUACCACAUCUUCUACCAAAUGUUCUCCGGCUACAAGCCUGACCUCCGCAAACAGCUCUUGCUUGAGCAAGACGUCAGCGAAUACUGGUUCAUUGCCCAAGCCGAGCUGACAGUAGAUGGCAUUGACGAUAAGGAAGAGCAUCAACUCACCGACGACGCCUUCAGAAUCCUCAAUUUCAGCGAGCAGGAGAUCCAGGAGUGCUAUCGCUUAAUGGCCGCCCUCUUGCACAUGGGUAACAUGAAGUUCAAGCAACGGCCGCGUGAAGAACAAGCCGAAGCCGACGGUGUGGAAGAAGCUGGUAGAGCGGCUAAGAUGUACGGUAUUGAUGUAGACGAGUUCCUGAAGGCCCUGCUGAGACCUCGAGUCAAGGUCGGUACGGAGUGGGUGAACAAAGGUCAGAACAUGGAGCAGGUCAACUGGGGUAUCGGUGCCAUGGCCAAGGGCUUGUACUCGAGAGUAUUCGACUGGCUGGUCAAGAAGUGUAACGAAACCCUGGCUUCCAGUGGAAUCAAGAAGGAGUUCUUCAUCGGUGUGCUGGAUAUUGCUGGUUUCGAGAUUUUCGAUGUGAGUUUGGGGUAUACUGCAGGAUAUUGUAGGUCGAAGUUUCUGGCAAGAACUUUGUUUAGUGGCGUUAUUUUGAAAAUUAAUCGUGCUGCAGGCUGCGGGGGACAUGUUAUACGAUGAUAUAAAAAACUACAAGAACUUUCUUUACAAAACAAAAAAUGCCAAGAACUUUGUUUACAGAGGCGUUAUUUUAAAAAUCAAUCGUUCUGCAGGCUGCGGGGGACAUGUUAUACGACGAUAUGAGAAAACUGCAAAAACUUUCUUUACAGAACGAAAAAUGGCAAGAACUUUUUUACAAGAUUGAAAAUGGCAAAAACUUUCUUUACAGAACGAAAAAUAGCAAAAACUUUCCUUACAAACUUUAAAAUGACAAGAACUUUGUUUACAAAAUCAACCAUUUCAGUUCAACUCCUUUGAACAAUUGUGGAUCAACUUUGUGAACGAAAAGUUGCAACAAUUCUUCAAUCACCACAUGUUCGUAUUGGAGCAGGAAGAGUACGCUCGUGAAGGAAUCCAAUGGACCUUCAUCGAUUUCGGUCUCGAUUUGGCCGCUUGUAUCGAGUUGAUUGAGAAGGUAGGUAGAAUAGGGUAGAGUAGGGUAGGGUAAGGUAGGCUCAUUGUACAGAACCUCCACUCUAUAAUAUAAGGUGCCGACAUAAAGAACCCGCCAUACUUUGCCUGUAAUUUCUUGUAAAAAAUGGCGGUUUCUUUAUGUCGGCACCUAAGAUCACCUCAAUACACAAAUACCAUUCCAGCCCAUGGGUAUCAUUGCCAUGUUGGACGAAGAGUGUAUCGUCCCCAAGGCCAGCGACCAAACCUUGGCCGCCAAGUUGCUAGAGCAACAUUUGGGCAAGCAUCCCAACUUUGAGAAGCCCAAACCGCCAAAGGGCAAGCAAGCCGAAGCCCACUUUGCUAUGCGCCAUUACGCCGGUACAGUACGAUACAAUGUGGCCAACUGGCUGGAGAAGAACAAGGACCCCCUGAACGAUACGGUAGUUACCGUAAUGAAGGCUUCCAAAGAGAAUGCUUUACUGGUCGAGUUGUGGGGUGACUAUACCACCCAAGAAGAGGCUGCAGCUGCUGCUUCCAAGAACAAAGGUACGUUUGCAGGGCCGGAGGGGUGUUUGCAAGGGCCGCUGAGGGGUGGGUGGAUUUUUUAUUUUUUUUGGAAAUUUUUUUGAAAUUUUUAAAAUAAAAAAAUUUUAAAUUUGAAAAAUAUUUUUCAAAAUUAUUUUUGAAAAUAAUUUAGACGAUUAUAAGCUUAAAAAUUUCAAAAACUUUCUUUACAAAGCAAAAUAUCAUUCAUUUUGAAUAAAAAGCGUUUUGCAGGCUGCGGAAGACAUGUUAUACGAUGAUUUUAUAAAACAGACCGAAAUAGGUUAUAAAAUGAAAAAUGCCAAAAACUUUCUUUACAAAACAAAAAUGGCAAGAACUUUCUUUACAACACAUAAAAUUGCAAAAACUUUCUUUACAAAACUAAAAAUGGCAAGAACUUUCUUUACAAAUCAAAAAAUGGCAAGAACGUUCUUUACAAAACAUAAAAUGGCAAAAACUUUCUUUACAAAACUAAAAAUGGCAAGAACUUUCUUUACAAGUCAAAAAAUGGCAAGAACUUUCUUUACAAGACAUAAAAUGGCAAAAACUUUCUUUACAAACUAAAAAUCAGCAAAAAACGCCCACAAAAUCCACCCCCAACCCCCGCGGACCCUUGCCCCUACUACAAUAUCCAUCUGCUCUUUUUCCAAUUUCAGGUGCAGGUGGUGGUGGCAAAAAGAAGGGUAAAUCCGGCUCAUUCAACACUGUCUCCAUGAUCUACCGUGAGUCCCUGAACAAGCUGAUGGACAUGUUACACAAGACCCACCCCCACUUUAUCCGUUGCCUCAUCCCCAACGAGAAGAAGCAGUCCGGUCUUCUGGAUGCCGCUCUAGUCAUGAACCAGCUCACCUGUAACGGUGUACUCGAAGGUAUUCGUAUCUGUCGUAAAGGUUUCCCGAACAGAACCCUCCACGCCGAUUUUGUUCAACGCUACGCCUUGCUAGCCGCCGACCAGGCCAAGAGUAACAAGGACAUUAAGACGUGUGUGGAUGCUAUGCUGAAGAAGUUGGUCGAUGCCAAGGACCUUGAGGAAGACAUGUUCAGAGUUGGAAUGACCAAAGUCUUCUUCAAAGCUGGUGUUGUAGCUCAUAUUGAAGACUUGAGAGACAGGAAGCUGAACCGAUUGAUCAGCGCCUUCCAGGCCGAAUGCCGAUGGUAUUGUGGAUUGGUAAGAGGGGGGAAUAGUUGAAUUUUGAGUUUAAAUGCGGGAAAUUUAAAAUUUUUUGAAUUUUUAGUCAAAAAUUUUGAUUUUAAUUUGAAAAUUUUAAAUUUAAAAAAAUUUUUAUUAAUAUUUUUAAACCAUUUUUGCCAUUUCCAUCCCAUCCCAACCCCAAAAAACUUGAAAUUCCCUCCAGAUCAAAGCCAAGGACCUUCGAGCCCAACAAGAGCUCAUCUAUGUCAUCCAACGCAACAUCCGCUCUUGGUUGGAGCUCCGUACCUGGGUAUGGAUGAAGCUGUACGGCAAGGUCAAGCCUUUAUUGGAAGCCGGCAAAGAAGCCGAACUGUUGGAGAAGGCUCAAGAAGACAUUGUCAAAACUCAAGAUGCGUUGGUCAAGGAAACCGAGACUCGUCAACGCUUGGAGGAGGAGACAAAGAGAAUGAAAGAGGAACGUGACGAGCUUCUCAAGUCCAUGGAAGGAGCUGUAGGCAAGACUCAAGAGGUACAAGAAAGACUUGAAGGCUUGACUGAAGCCAAGGAACGCCUUCACAAGUCGUUGGAGGAUCUAGGAAACCAGCUUCAGAAUGCUGAGAAUCAUACCGCAUCGCUGCAACAGAAUCGCAAGAAAGCCGAACAAGAGUGCGACGUACUGAAGAAGAAGACAACUGAAAUGGAAUUGGCACUGAAGAAGGCGGAGUCAGAGAAGCAAGCCAAAGAGAAUCAAAUAAGAUCCAUCGAAGACGAACUCCAACGCCAAGAAAUGACAUUGGCCAAGCUGGAGAAGGAGAAGAAGCAACAGGAAGAGAUCAACAAGAAGUUCCAGGAAGACAUGCAAGGAGAAGAAGACAGAGCUCAAUCCGAACAACUUUUGCGCAAAAAACUCUUGGACACAUUGGAGACAAUCGAGUCGGACUUGGACAGAGAACGUCGAGUACGUGCCGACACCGAGCGUGCCAAGAGAAAGCUCGAAGGUGAACUUCGUAUCGCUCACGAGAACCUGGAUGAGGUAUCCAAACAGAAGACUGACGCUGAAAACAGUCUGAGAAAGAAAGAGGCCGACCUCUUCUCCAUCUCCGUCAAGCACGAAGAUGCCCAAACCAACGCUGCCAAACUUCAACGUCAACUCAAGGACAACGAAAACAGAAUUAAGGAGCUCGAGUCCGAAGUCGAGUCGGAACGUCAAGCCCGCGCUCGUUCCGAACGUUCCAAAACCGAACUUCAACAAGAAAUCGACGAACUCCACGAACAGUUGAACCAACAAUCCGGAGCCACAAUGCAACAGAUGGACGCGAACAAGAAACGUGACAACGAGCUAGCCAAACUGAGACGUGAAAUCGACCAGUUGAAGAUGAACUUCGAGUCCCAAUCUCAGGCCCUCAAGAAGAAGGGUCAAGACGCUACACUCGAGUUGACCGAACAAAUCGAGAACAUCAUGAGAGCUCGCAACCGUGCCGACAAGGAGCGAGCUCAACUCCAGAAGCAACUUGAUGAAGCCACAUACACCCUUGACGAUGAAGCCAAACAACGUGUCGAAUAUGAAAGAAACGCCAAGCAAUUCGAAGCCCAACUGGUGGAGCUAAGACUGAAGAACGAAGAGCAACAACGUCUCAUCCGUGACAUCGGAGCUGCCAAAUCACGCCUCCAAAGUGACAACGGUGAAUUGUGUAGGAACGUUGAAGAGCUCGAAGCCCAAAUCACGGCCACAACCCGUCUGAAGGCCCAAUACUCGGCCCAAGCCGAGGAGUUCAAACGCUUGGCCGCCGAAGAGACUCGCCAACGUCAAUCCCUCAACAUCAUGUCCAAGAACCUCGAACACGAACUUGACCAAAUCCGCGACUCAUUGGAAGAGGAGAUCGCUGGCAAAUCCGACUUGUUACGUCAACUAGCUCGCGAACAAGGUGAAAUCGAACAAUGGAGAAGCCGCUACGAGUCCGAGGGCAUGGUCUCGGCCGACGAUGCCGAUGAAAUCCGUCGCAAACAGAUCGCUCAAAUCGCCGAACUCCAAAACGAACUGGACUCGGCUAGCGUACGUUUGGCUAACCUCGAAAAACAAAAGGCAAGGCUCACGAACGAAGCAGAUGCCGCCAGAACUGAAUGUGACCUACUACAACAACAAGCAGCUCAACUCGAUAAGAAGCAGAGAGCCUUUGAUAAGAUUGUCGAUGAAUGGAGACACAAAGCUGACGAUCUUCAGAACGAACUCGACGCCGCUCAACGUGAAGCCAGAACCAAGGCCAUGGAGGCGCACAGACUUCAGUCGGCUCAAGACAGCUUGACCGAACAAGUUGAAGGUCUGAGAAGAGAGAACAAGGUCCUUGGCCAAGAAGCCAGAGAUCUUCAAGAACAACUCAACGAAGGCGCCAGACUUAUUCAUGAGCUCCAGAAGGCUCAACGCCGUUUGGAAGUCGAGAAGGACGAGCUCCAACACGCCUUAGAUGAGGCCGAAGCCGCAUUAGAAGCCGAAGAAUCGAAGGUCCUCAGAAGCCAAGUCGAAAUCAGUCAAAUCAGAUCCGAAAUCGAGAAACGACUCCAAGAAAAAGAGGAAGAAUUCGAAAAUACCCGCAAAAACCACCAACGUGCCAUGGACUCGAUGCAGGCCACACUCGAACAAGAGGUCAAGGCCAAGGCCGAACUCAUGCGUCUGAAGAAGAAGCUCGAAGCCGACAUCAGCGUGAGUAAAACCGAUUCCAAUUCAGGGGCACGAGGGACAAUGACUAGAACGUGGGACUAAUUAAGUAUUUUAAGGAACUUGAAAUCGCACUGGAUCACGCCACAAAGGCCAACGACGACGCCCAAAGGAACGUGAAACGCUACAACGAACAAGUGAAGGACCUUCACGAUAACAUUGACGAAGAACAGCGAAGACGUGAGGAAUUCAGAGAGAAUUACUUGACCACCGAGAAGAAGUUGAUCACUUCCAAGCAAGAGCACGAGGAGUUGUUCUCACAGAUUGAGGCUGUAAGUUUCAAGUUUAAAGUUUGUCUAACAAUCGACCGAAAACGGUCGUUUUUUAAGAAAACCAAUAACUAUGAGGAAGAACAAGUCAUUCUUUAUCUAAAUUUAUAAACUAUAGCCAUUUAAAGCUAGAAAAGCUAACACAAUAUUGAAGUUUCUUAUUUCAAAGAGCUAUACCUAACUCAAUAUCAACCAUUUCGACCAAAAAAGCUAUGAAUAUACUCUUCAAAUUUAGGAUAACAAUUCGAAAACUACAAACAAUAUUAUUUUAGCUCCAACGUGCCAAGAAACAGCUCGAAUCCGACUUGAACGACCUUCAAAUCUCCAACAACGAUUUGCUCUCGGACAACCAAGCCUUGGCCACAGCCCGUGCCAAAUUCGAGGCUGAAUUGGCAUUGCUUAGAGUAAGAUAACAUCAAAAAGUUAACGAUUAGUUGGCUUUUUAAAUUUUAAAGAAAAGUCUUGGUUUAUACCUAAAAAUCGGUGUUUUUAACGCAAAAACCGAGAAAAACCUUGAAUUUUAGGUAAUAAAUUGCUAAAAAUUAAGUUUUUAAUUACCUUAUGGUUGAAAUAUUGCUUGAUAACAAUUUACAAUCUAAUAUUUUCCAGUCCGACGUCUCCGAAGCCACCGCCGAAGUCAGCGCCGCGAUGGAGCGUGGCAAACGUGCCGCUUCAGAAGCCGCCCACUUGGCCGAAGAGUUGCGUAACGAACAAGACCGCUCGAACCAAGUCGACAGAAUCCGCAAGAGUUUAGAAUUCCAAGUCAAGGUAAAGACAGUUAUUUAUUUUAAGUUUAUUUUUGACUAACCCAUCAUCCCUGACUAACAUUGUCUGGUCGACGAAGCUAAAACAAGGUUUUUGAUGUUUUACCUGGAAAAAGAGAUGCCAAACACAAUGUUUUUACUAUUUUUGUGCCUUUACAACAUGUUUUCGAUAUAAAAUGGCAAAGGAUUAGUAAAAACCCAAGCUUCCGACUUCUAAAAUUUUAUCCUCAAAAUGGAGUGCACUUUAUAAAAACAAGAUGGUUUAGUUGAAUAUCAUAAGUUAUUGUGGUGAAUUUUAGUUUUAAAACGUUCUUCAGAAUCUUAGCUACAAGAUUUUUACAAGAUACAACAAAAAAAUUUAAAGUUACGCCAAGAAAAGGCAGAUUCCAGAGAGUGCACUCGGUUUUGCGGCAAAAUUUUAUAUUAUCCUUGGUUUCUUUUAUGUUUUCCUGAUGUUUUUUACUUUAUUUGGACAAUUUUUAUAGUUUUAUUAAGUAUUAGACCUACGACCGUAUUUUACAUCUAUUUUUGAGUUCAAUUUUUAUGUUCCUCCUACGUUUUUGUUUAUUUCUAGGGCUUGUGCAACUCCCUGAACAAGGUCGAAGAGACCAAAUUCUUCACUGGAAAGGUAUGCCUUCUUCUUUAAGCAGCUUUAUGUUAUUUUCAUUAUUUUUAGUUAAUAUUUGCCCUUAUUUUUAGUUUUUACGACGUUUUUAGUUCAGUUUAGCGUUGUUAUGGUCAAAAUUAUAUUAUCAUAGACCUCUAAAACCGAGUGCAUUCUAAAAAUUAAAGAAACAUAUAAAAAUAAGAGAAAACUUACUGUUUUGAGUUGAAGAUAGUUGAAAGAGAUCCAGCAGAGCAUUCUACAAUAGUUUUGAAGGGGUCAAACUUCCAAAUUUUUAUUUUAAAAUUUUUCGAGCUGGCCCCCUUUCAUCGUAUAAAAUGUCUUUUAUGGGAAAAUUGUGUUUAAUGGAUAAAAUAAUAUUUGCUCAUGAUAACUUACAUUUUAUUGAUCUAAAAUCAUGUUUUAGGAAAUGCAAUCCCGAAUUGACGAAGCCGAACAGUCCGCCUUGAAGGGAGGUCUUCGCGUCGUUGGCAAGCUUGAACAACAACUCAAGCAGAUCGAAACCGAGCUCGAAACCGAAGCCAGACGUCACGCUGAUGCUGCCAAGAACCUAGGCAAAGCCGAACGUCGCACUCGCGAAACCACCUUCGAAUUGGAGGAGGAACGCAAGAACUGCAACAAAUUGGUGGACUUGGUGGAGAAGCUGCAAGGAAAGAUCAAGUUGCAACGGCGACAAAUCGACGAUGCUGUAAGGGAUUUUUAUAUCAUUGUGUAGCGUAGAUUCUGGGCUUUCUAAUGAGUAUAAAUUUGAGUUAUAACAAUGUUGUUAAUUGUGUGAAAUUUCAGGAAGAAGCAGCCAACAUCAACCUGCAAAAGUACCGCCAAAUGCAAGUUCAGCUGGACAAUGCGGAGGAACGAGCGGAUGUUGCUGAACACAGUUUGAUCAGAAUGCGGUCCCAGGCUAGGAUUAGCAAGUCCCAAACAGUACCAAUCAACUAG